AUGACCGAACAUGACUUCGGGUCUACCUUGCCUGGUUACAAUAUGGAUGAGGGGAGGCUUCUAUCUGGUGAUACGUGCACGCAAUAUCCCAGUUUUCAGAUUAGCCAAGAAGGUACCGGAGGCUACUUCCGGUCCAUCAAUCUGGCACGACGAAGAGUCUUUGAGGUCGUGUGUUCCGAGAGGGAUGGACUGGACCGGAUUGCGAGCACAAGUACUAAGAGAUUGAUGCGUGACGAGUACUUUGAUUUGUACCAAGAGGCUAGAAGUACCGAGAUUCUCGAAGCAGCACUGUUGCGCUCUCUGAAGAAUUUAGUGUGGCUUGCUCAAAGCGCUGGACGAGGAGAGAUUGUUACUGCAGUUGUCACUGUUCCACUUCUUGACCUCCCAACCAUGCAUUUCCACCUAGCAAAAAAGAUAUUCCCUAGCUUCCACAAAAAUGGAAAAGACGAGGACGACAACGCAUCUACAGUGUCAAAGAGAACCUCGCGCAGCUCAAUGACACUUGUGAACCCUGACAGCUUUCCAGUUCGGUCUCCCAGUCCACCUCAUGCCGAGGUUCCAAACGACGUCCCCUUUGGACUGUCGCGUGAAGAUAAGGCUGUUGUAGCUCGAGCCCCCGGUGCCACCGACAAGACCUAUCCAGAAGAUGCUGUCGCCGCCUCACACCUCAUCAAUCGUUCCGAAAAAAAAGAGACCGAUCUGGGACCACAUGCUGUCCACACCUUUGUGAGAGUAUGCCCGCACGAGAACUUAUCUUUCGAACGUCUACAAACCAUCUUGAAACUUCCGGGUUUCAAGUCCAGCAAGGAAGACAUAAACGCCAUUGGAGCCAUGGAUGAAAUACAGCAACACAGUAAAUCCGGCGCGAGGGUUUGCUUUCCCAUCGAUGGCUUUCCCCAACGCCCUGCAGGCACCUUCAAACUAAAAUACAAUUCUAAACAUAAACGUGGAUGGACGGGCCCUGUCAUCGGUUUAGAGUUGCACGCUACCUGGACGCUCGACUCAUACAAACCUAGCACGACUCGGAAUGAUAUCCAAGCUUCUUUACAGAAACUCGAGAACGUCCCGCUCUGCCCUCACAGAACGAUGAAUGAUCCGUGGAUUCUCGAAAUGAUUUACAAGAUAGCACAUCCACAUGAGGAACCAUCAGAUCCCAUUGACGAAUGGGGGAAGCCGCCAAGCAGCAUAUCGGACUUCGCUGAACGCAGUCAAGACUGCGAUCGUUGCAAGACCCCUAUCACUAUCACAGUGUGCAAAGGUGGUCUUGACGGUCCUCAGGUGAAGGUAAUUCGUCGCUUGGGGCCCGGGUCCUCGGAGAAUGACCCAGAUUGGCUCGCUCAGAGCAAUAGCGCAUCUCACGUAGUGGAUGGACUGGGUGCUGUGACGCAUUCGGAGUUGGGUUCAACAUAUCCAAUACACGAAUGGCUAGUCAAGAAUCCCCUCGUGCCAAACGAGAGGUGCUCACAUUGCGAUACGAUGUCUGAGGUGGUAGACCAGGGUGAGCGUUGGCCUAUUGUGAUUGUCACAGGGUCCGUGGGCAAAGCCGAAAAUGCGGAGGAUCCUGAGCGGCUUGCUCCAUUCAUUGUACCGGCGACCCACUCUUGA